AUGCGUUUGUCCACUCUCGCCUUCGUGGCGGCCGUCGAGGCCCAGUUUCUCCAAGGCCUGAACCACUUACGAUUCGGAUGCGAGCAAAUUACCAUUGAGCGCCUUGACCCUCUCGUCAAUCCCGGCCAGGCUCCGACUCCCCACAUGCACCAGGUGGUCGGCGGAAACGCGUUCAACGCCACGAUGCCGUCGACUGACAUAUCCAAGCUGGCAACCUGCACGACCUGCGGCCCUGCCGACGACUUUUCCAACUAUUGGACGGCAAAUGUGUACUUCAAGGCUCGAAAUGGGUCUUACAGGCGUGUUCCGCAAAUGGCCAACCGGCUGCUGUUCGGUGACAGGUUCACCACCCAAACCAAAGGUGGUGUAACUGUGUACUAUAUUGCUCCGAGCAAGAACACAGUGACUGCUUUCCAGCCUGGAUUCCGCAUGUUGGUUGGGGACCCCAUGAGACGCGAGCCGUUAUACAAGUCCCAGAGCUGCUUCCGUUGCUAUUCCGGUCCGAAUCACGGAGGUGAUAAUGCGGCACCAUGUUCCGAUAAUAGGCUGGACUUUGAAGGUUUCCCCAACAUUCCGUGUCUCGGCGGGAUUAGGUCCAACGUGCUUUACCCAACUUGCUGGGAUGGGAAGAAUCUCGACAGCGCCAACCAUCAAGACCACGUUUCAUACCCUAGCAGGGGGCCUUCGAAUUUCCUGAGCACCGGGGACUGCCCUGCCAGCCACCCCGUGAAGAUCCCACAGCUCAUGUUGGAAGUCAUUUGGGACACUACCGGAUUCAACGACAAGUCCCAGUGGCCCGAGGACGGCUCCCAGCCGUUCGUGCUCAGCACGGGAGACCCCACUGGCUACGGGCAACACGGCGAUUACGUCUUUGGCUGGAAGGAUGAUGCUCUCCAAAGAGCUAUGGAUGACCAGGGUUGCUUUAGUGCCACCUGCGGGAACCAGAAGUCUCAAGAUAUUAGCGAGGCACAGAAAUGCACGAUUGAGAAGACUGUUCUUGAGGAUGUGGAUGGAUGGCUGACCGAACUCCCCGGUGUUCCCAUGAGUUAA